UGACCCAGCGCUCCGGGCCCGCUGCUAUCGGCAUCCUGCUGGCUGAGAAGAUGAGUCAGUACGCCAACCUGCUGGCCUCUCAGGGCAAUCUGUCCACCGCCAUCACCUACCUGCCGGACAACACCAACCAGCUUGCCGUACAGCAGCUUCGUGACCGUCUCAGUCGGGCUCUGGGGCAGCGGGCGGCGGCUCCUGCAGCUCCGGUUCAACCUCAGAGAGUUCAGCCUGCACCGACUCAGACUCGGCCCGCCGCCACCGCCGCUCUGCCUCGCCAUCCGUUCACCCCGAUGCAGCCCGCCAUGGUGCCUCAGCAGCCCGCUGCAGCUCCAGUCCCCAUGCCCACACCCGCUGCCUCCGCCCCAGCACCGCCGCAGUAUUACCAGCCGGUACGUUUUUCCUGUUUUAUUUCAAACUUUUAACAGGAUUCACAGAGAUCUGAGGGCAGACUGGUCUCCUCUUCUUCCUCUAAACACUAAAAUCUGCAAGUCACAUAAACUCAGGACGGGUUUGACUUAUUAAAGUUAACCCUUUGAAACCUGGAUCAUUUUUCCUGUGCUUAAUUCAGACGCAUUCACAGAA